AUGAUAUUACUGACGAACGCUCGCAACGGCAGUGGCAACGGUUUAAGGUCAAAGGAAGCACAAAGACUAAGUCGGCAUCAACGGCGUCAGACCUACCCUCCGAGGAAGCCACGACUCACGACCCAACGAGCCUCCCCCAUCAACGGCACUAUUCUUCCGUACCGAGCUCUUCCGAUACCACUUUGUACCCGAGCAGCCGAGUCACAAGAGAGAGCCCUGUCAGAUAUAUAUGGCCAACUCGCAGUAUCCGAGAAGUCCUUGUCUCAACAACGCAAAAACUCGCAGGAUAGAAGAGAGGACUUGAAACUCGUCAAUUCACUUCUUGGUGUCUCUUGUCCGCCCGAAGAGGAACUCGUGGCUGGGCGUUCAGUGAGGAAGCAAGGAACCUGCGAAGACUUCGUGUCAAGUAACGAAUUCCGGCAAUGGCGUGGCAUCGACUCUAGCCAGAUCUUUUGGGCCCAUGCACCCCCAGGAAGUGGCAAGUCAACUCUCUGUUCACUUGUGAUCGAUCGUCUGCUAGACGAAGGGCAUAUUUGUGCAUAUUAUUUCUUCAAACAUGAGGAUCAACAGAAGAAAACACUAAGCAGAAUGCUCCGUUACUUGGCACACCAGGUUGCAGCUCGAGUACCUGCAGCUUGCCGAGCAUUGGCUGACCUAGCGCGAGCUGGUGUACGAGUCCAGAAUGCAGACACAUUUACUAUUUGGAAGAGAUUAUAUCUCUCAAUACUAUCCGAUGUCGAAGGCCCUGAAAUCUUCUGGGUUAUUGAUGGGAUUGACGAAUCAGAGUCGAGUAGGCAACUUAUCGACCUCGUGGUCGCUACGAGUGGCUUCAAGAUAACUCUCAGGGCCGUGCAGAGGGCAGGUAAAAAGACGCGGGUUGUCGAUAUGUCGCUACCAGUGAAUGAAAACGACAUACGCGCAGUAGUCGCUGAAGAGAUCGACUAUCUACCGUGUGAUGAGACCUUCAAGAUCGAGACCGUUGCCGAAAUUACCAAACGCGCCCAUAGCAAUUUCCUUUGGGCUAGCUUAGUUUUCAAACGUGUAGCCAACUGUCGCCGCCAGGAACAGGUCAAGAAGGUCCUGCUGACUACCCCUGACGGCAUGGACAAGCUGUACAGUCGGAUGUUGGAUGUCAUCGCGGGGCUUGACAUGCCAGAAGACGUGGUACUGGCAAGCAUCUUUCUGUCAUGGGCCAUGUAUGCCAAGACGCCACUAACUGUCGAAGAGUUGUCUGAACCCUACAUUACUGAACUGAACUCCAUUAUGGAUCUUAAGCACACGGUGAAUGAGGUUUGUGGGCAAUUCGUUACCGUCAACACCCAUAACAGGGUCACGCUGGUUCAUCACUCAGCCCACGAAUAUCUUAGAAGACAUACGCACCACCCCUUCUCAUUAGAACCACAAAAGUCACACGAAGAGAUGUUCGGAAAGUGUCUCAUCGCUCUUUGCGAUAAAGAUCUUCGCAGCAAGAUCCAUACACUCAAGGUUCCACAAUUUUUGCGGUAUGCGGCAACAUCCUGGGCUUUUCAUCUGGAGGGCUGCUCAAUACAAUCCGAUCGAGUACUCAAUGGUCUCGUGCGGUUUUUGAACGGUCCAUUUCCACUGUCAUGGAUUCAAUAUCUCUCAAUGACCGGCCAUUUGUCGGAGCUCACGGGGGUCUCCCGUCGACUUACAGCGUUCGCGAAGAGACAAAAGGCGGACGCAAACAAACCUCCAAUGCUACAUAGGCUAUCAGAUUUGUCUCCCAUUGAGACCUGGGCCACUGAUCUGAUGAAAAUCCCACCGAAAUUUGGACGAAACCUAACAGAAGAUCCAGAUUUAAUUUACCGAUGCAUCCCAGCCCUGAGUCCUUCCUCCUCGGUCAUAUCCCAAAAAUACGCUUCCAAUCCGGCGACAACGCUGUCUAUCUCGGGCAUAUCUAACGAUGACUGGGAUGAUUGUUUAGCUCGCGUCUCAGUGAGCAGCGGCAAAGCAGUCCGACUCGCCUCUUCUGCUAUGCACCUUGCUGUGGCGACCGACAUCCCCCGAGGGACUAUAACCCUAUGGGAUACCAGCAUGUUUUUGGAAUGCAAAGUUUUUAAUAUCAGACAACGAAUUAUCUCCAUGGUAUUCAACGAUUCAGGAUCACUCCUCGCGUGCUGUGGCAUAUCUCAAACCAAGGUCUGGAAUGUGAAGGAUGGCACGCUCGCCUUGACGACGAACAACCCAUAUCAGGAGCGAGCCAUCGAGUUCAGAUUCGACGAUAGUGAUUGCCUUUUUAUGGUAACCGAUAUUCGCCGCGUUUACAAGCUGCCUAUGGGUACUGAGACAAGUCUUCCAUGCAGCUGGGUCCAACUGAGCCCGUUCACCAUGGUGGAGACAGGUGUGCCGGAAGGUGUUUGGCUUGGGACACCAACUUCAGUUGCAUUCAAUAGUGACUGUAGUCAAUUGGCCGUUGUUUACAAAGCAUUCAAUUCGGGUGUAUAA